AUGAGCUACUCUUCAAUUGAUCCAAAAGCUUCAAAACUAAUAAAAACAGUAGUUAAAAGACCAAUUAACGACUUAAUGGCCGUCAAAACUAUAUAUAUAGCUAGACAUGGAUAUAGAUCGAAUUGGUUACCUCAGGGACCGUAUCCGCCUCCUCCAACGGGUGUAGACAGCGAUGUGCCAUUGGCUGAGCACGGUGUCAAACAAGCCAAAGAGUUAGCACAUUACAUCAUGUCUAUAGAAAACCAGCCGGAACUGCUGUUUUCGUCACCUUUUUAUCGUUGUUUGCAAACUUGCGAACCCAUCGCGGAUCUUUUGGAACUCCCAAUCCAUGUUGAACGUGGUGUGGGAGAAUGGUACAAGCCAGACCGAAAGGUGAUCCCAGAACCUGCAUCUUAUGCCAUUUUGAACAACUUUUUUCCUGGGAAACUGAGUCCUAGCUGGGACCCUACUGUGAUUCCAAGUGGGAAAGGCGAGACCGAACAAGACAUUUUCAACAGGUGUCGUGAAUUUUGGCCCAAGUUUAUAUCUAGGGUCGAAUCGGAGUUCCCCAGCGUCGAAACCAUUUUGAUCAUGACACAUGCGGCGACCAAGAUCGCGCUUGGGAUGAACUUAUUAGGAUUUGAUAACGCUCGUGAAGCGAUCGAUGCAGAUGGAACCACCUUAAGAAGUGGAAGCUGCUCGCUAGACAAAUUCGAGCUGAUCACAGGCAACAUCAGCGGUGAAGAAUUGGUUGAGGUGCCCUUUGAAAAUAGAAAAUGGCAUCUUACCAUGAACGGUAACACGGAGUUUUUGGCUGACGGCGAAGAAAUGCAUUGGGACUUCCAAUACGGAUUUGAGGCCGGUUCGGAUGCGGAUAUCAAAGCCAGACUCGAGAUGGCCGAGAAAAAAAAUGCGCAAGCUGUCACCACGCACACUAACGCAACUGCAUUGCACGAUGCGUCUCGACCAGAGUCGGACUCAGACCGUUACGAAGAUGUGUAUUUCAGCGUUGAUGUGCCCAGUGAGAAUCUCAAGGAAAACGCCGAGAUUGAACCUAGUGCAAGUCUACAGUAUUCCGGUUUAGAAACGAACGCUCCUCUGGUAAGAAUUGGCGAUAAAGUGUACGAGGGAAGCUGGCAAAAACUCGUGGGUACCGAAUUGGUCUUCCCUACAGCAGCGGCAGCCGCCGAGGCUAGAGCCGACGGAUCGAAUGAUGAAGAUGAUGAGGACGACGACAAUGACAGUGUUAGUAACGAGAACUCUGAAGCUACACCAGAUAUCGAAAAAUCUGAAGACGAAAGCGGAAAGAAGGCAGAAAAAAUCUACCGUAUUACAGACAAGCUAGUCUUGGAGCAGGUGCAACCUAUGUGA